CUUGAAAUCCAACGUAACAAACUUCUAUAAUGUACACACUGAGACUGAUAUAUGCCAAUGCCAAAAAUAAACGUUCUAAUUAUUUGGGAUAGUCCUCAAUUAUGAUUAACUGAGAUCCCAUAACUGUCUCUAUCUGUCGAAACAUUCACUUCCUUAACUGAGUGCUUUAAUUCUUGUUUUGGACCCCUUUUUACAAUAAUGAAAAAUGAACACAUCAUUUAUAAUACAAAGCAAAAAGUUGGAGUCCUGCAUUUUACCAAUGCGGCAUUAGGAGAGGUGUCUAUCCACGCACUAAAGUGUCCCUUAAAAUGUCACAAAUCGGUCUGCAAAGGCACGCUGGCCUGAAGAAUUCUGCUUUUGUGAGUUCUGUAAAUCCAUUUAUUCUUCAGUUUCACUUUAAGGGUGUAAAAGAGGCCAGAAAUUCCACAUAAUGAACAACUACAGUGCCAAUCCUGUCAGUUGGUGUGACCAAAAUGGUCACAAGCCGACAGUCAUGUCCCCUGCGUGUGUUUAUGAAAGUAAUGCUCUGCUUUCCCCAUCACAACCUCAGAACGCUGGUUGUCGGUUUUGCCAGCUAUGUGGCAGUCGCCGCUUUGUGUGUUUUAUUUACGCUUCCCUUAAAUAAACUGACGAAAGGAUUUCAAGUGCACCACAUGUUCUCCAUACCGUGUUUAGAACUGAUACUUCUGCUUGUUGUAUUUCAGAUGGAUUGCAGAUUUAAGAUUCUGAAUACUGGACUUUUGUUUUGGGGAUUCUCUAAUGAGAGUAUAAAUCCUGCUCUGUGAUCAUGUUUAAAUCUAUACCACGCUGCUGUGAAUGAGAACCACCCCACCACACACACACACACACACACACACACACACACACACACACACACACACAGGAUAUGACAUAAAUAUUAAACCAAGCAUCCCCUGGCUACUGUUUCACAUGCAUGUGGUGUGACUGUCACGUCCACUGCAUGCCAUUUAUGUCCCCAUACCGGAUUGAAGUUUUAUUGUUUAUAUAAAUUAGAAAUACAGCCUGAAAUUUUCUGUGAAUACUGUAGGUUGCUGGUGUUGCGACUCCUUUAUUGUGAGACAGGGACCACACGGUGUCGAGAAUGUCUUAUAAAAAAGAAAAAAUGUCCUCGGUAGAGAAUUUGCUCUAUACACAGACACGCCUCUGUGUUGGAGGUUGAUCUCAAUCUCCAGCAAAUGUUGAAUUCCCAGGAACAUUAACCACUGAACAGCUGAAUUCAUCUGAACAUUAACCAAACUUUUCAGUGUUAUAUGCCCCAGCUGUGCUUCCUGAGCUGUUUAUGUAGUAUAUCUUUAUUCUCUCAUUGUUUACCCAGGAAGGUUGACAGGUAAUGAACCGUUGUCUAUCCUGCCACUGAACUCUCUACCAGAAGAGAACGUGGGCAGGGCCCACUACAAGCUGUGCGACCGGCUCAAACUGGAAAAGAAGCAGCGCAGGAUGUGCAGACGAGACCCGGGCGUGGCAGAGACCCUGAGAGAGGCCAUCACCAUGAGCGCCCUAGAAUGCCAGUACCAAUUCCGCUUUGAGAGGUGGAACUGCACCUUAGAGGGGCGCCACCGAGCCAACAUACUAAAGAGAGGAUUUAAGGAGACAGCCUUCUUGUAUGCCAUCUCCUCCGCGGGCCUGACCCAUGCAAUGGCCAAAGCUUGUAGCGCAGGACGCAUGGAACGCUGCACGUGUGACGAGGCCCCGGACCUGGAGAACCGCAAGGCGUGGCAGUGGGGAGGCUGUGGAGACAACCUCAAAUACGCCAACAAGUUUGUCAAGGACUUCCUGGGCAAACGCUCCAACAAGGACCUGCGUGCACGCGUGGACAUGCACAACACAAAUGUGGGCAUGAAGGUAAUCAAAUCCGGAGUGGAGACCACAUGCAAAUGCCAUGGCGUCUCCGGCUCGUGCACCGUUCAGACCUGCUGGAGGCAGCUCCUGCCCUUCCACGAGAUUGGCAAACAGCUGAAGCAGCGUUACGAGACCUCCAUUAAAGUGGGAAGUUCCACCAACGAGGCCACUGGGGAGGGAGAGAUCUCCACGGGCCGAAGCCAGCAGCAGCAGCAGCAGCAGCAGCAGCAGCAGCAGCCCCUGCCUGGCUUGAACGAUCAGAUCCCUCGCACUAUGGACUUGCUCCACAUCGAGGACUCGCCCAGUUUCUGUCGACCAAGCAAGUACUCGUCGGGAACAGCAGCCCGCAAGUGCUACAAGGACAAGAACUGUGACGCUAUCUGCUGCGGGCGAGGCCAUAACACUCAGAGUAGGGAGGUGACCCGACCCUGCCAGUGCCAGGUGCGCUGGUGCUGCUACGUCGAAUGCAAGCAGUGCACACAACGAGAAGAGGUCUAUACCUGCAAAGGGUAAACCAGCCCCUAUGAUCAGUGGAGCAAGUGAAAGAUGGUUGUGUUGAAGAGGAGUGGUUGGUCUUGAACAAGGUUUUGCUUCCACUGUCGAAACAGUGUUCUGCAAACACAAAAGGAGUGAGCCGAUGGAGAAGCAAUAAGCACUUUGAGGGAUUUCUGUGGGUUGCGUUUCAGAGCUCCUGUAGUCCCCAUGCCAGGGGUUUGCAGAUUAAAAGAACCUUCUCAGACAACUGGGUCAACAUCUCAAGCUUUUUUUUUUUUUAAGUUCUGCCUUGAAGAGAGAAUCUUUUAUUUUCCUAUUAAAAAAAUCAAUUUGCAUCUUUUCAUAAGAAAACAGAGAUUAGCAUCUAGCUGAUGAGGAUCCAACACAAGGACAAUAACUCCAGCAGACUUGGUUUUCUGGGGCCUUGCCCAAAGAAGAAUAGUGUGUGCGUGUAUGUGUGUUUGUGUGUGUGUGUGUGUGUGCGAAUUUGUAUGUGAGCAUGUGUUGAGGUGAAAGUGAGGGGGAAGGGGAUUCAGAUGACGACUUUUAUGGCAAUGAAAUCCAUAUUCAGAGACUGCUAAAAAGAAAAAAAAAGACAGGGUGUAAGAUUAACUCUACACGCACAUAUUUACACUCACACGCAUUGCGUGUUUGCAUAUGUAUGUACAUAAAUUCAGUUAUAUUGUAAUGAUAUUAUACAAGCCACUUAUCUAACAAUGUUAAAACAAACCACUAACCACACAAAUGUUUUGUUGUUUGUGUGCUCUUGCUCGUUUUUCUUCUUGAUUCAUGUUGACAAGGCCCUUUGGAAAGCAGCACACUUGUGUCCGUUGUCUUGCUGUGGAUAAUUUAUAGAUCCUUUGGGACUACUCCUUCAUGGGGAGAAAUUUUUUUUGGAAUAAUAUAAUAUGAAGCUGUUAGCAAAUGAAUUAACAGAAAAUAACUAAACCCAGCAGUUUAGGAUAUUCAAACCAGCCUUGAGCGAACCAGUGUUCAGGGAAUUACUUAAACCACUAUUUGGACAAAACAGCAGAGAAAUUGUGCAAAUACAAAUAAUAUCCAAGUCGGAGAAGACACUGGCCUUAUUAAAGCCAACAUCAUUGCAACAGGUGAUCACUUGACCAACAAACGGUCCAUGUGUUACUCAGAUCAGAAAUUGUGGAGCUCUGCAGAGCUUAAAUCUACUUAUUAGUUUUUUUCUUUUUGUUUUAUUUUUAAUACUUUGAAGUUGUAAAGAAAACUGUGGAGAACUGGAGGAAUGUAGCCCCCUACCAUUUCACAUCCUUCUUUCCUCUUCAGCUGCCACAAUUUGAUUGAGCCAUAUUCAACACAUGUAGACAUGCAGCAUGUGCAGUGGGAGCUGCGUCAGUCAGUCCAAACAGUAUGGGGCAACUGAGACAGUAAUCUAACUUGACAUGUCUGCAGAGUUACUCGAGUGAAGAUGAAUGCAGUCUCGUAGCUAAUAUAAAUACAUUUUGUCAGACUAAUACUUGUGUAAUGUUUGGCAAAUUGAUGUCUCAGUGCAAACAAAUCUGGGGCUUUGUAAAUCUGCUGUCUUCAUUCAGAAGUCAGUUGUUAUAAUGCGUGAAUUAAUUUGCUUUUUUACAUUGUUGCUUGACACAAAGUGACACGGCUAACGCAAUGCAGCAUACUAAAUACUGCUAUGCAAUGCCAGUGACAGUAUAAAGAAAUAGUCUGACGUGUUCGGGAGACCACUUGCCCAGAGUUAGAUGACUGACACUUUGUCCAGUAAUUAUAAGGCUACAGUUAGCUUGAUUAAGCUUAAAGAAUAGCACUAGCACGGAUCUAUCCAAUGGCAACAAAGGCUUAGCUAAGUGCAGCUGGCUGUAGUGUCAUAUUUACGGGCCAGAUAUGAGAUUGCUAUCAAUGUCCUUAACUAAUUCUCAGCAAGAAACAAACAUAUUUCUUAAAAUGCUGAACUAUUGCUAUAAGACAUUAACAUGAAGGUUUAAUUUUAUGAGAAAUGCCUCUUCACACACACACAAACAAUGCAGACAACAAUAUUUCCUUGUAUUCUCAGCACUCUCAAACCAUUAUGAUAUAUACUAUAAGAUAUGCCUGGUUUUAAAUGGGUGUGAACUAACUACUGAGUGAGAGACCCAGCUUUGUAUUAUAGCACCAUUCACGCACUGAAGCCCAAAAGCCCUUUAAAGUAUUUUAAGAUCUGUAUUUAUGGAUACAGUGCAGUGCAGAUUUUUUUUUUUUUUUUUUUUUUUAAAAAACUGUAAAUAGCAAAGGUUUCUUCUCCUGUGGUAUAGAGACAAAAGUGAGGCACAUGUUUAACUCUCACAUGCAACUGAAACAGAAAUUGGUGGCAAUAAGAAACAUCAGGUUGAGACGUUUGUGGGUUUGACGGUUACAGAUUCUAAUCAGUGGCACAGCACCAUACCAAGCAUCCUUAAAAACUGGCGUUUACCUUUAACGGAUGGUUUAGUCUUUAAACAUGAUCAUCGCAAUAUAUUCAAAAUGAAAAACCACCAUGUUCAGCAACAAUAUCAUGUUUUAGAAAGUGAGCCUUGCAUGGGUUAUUUGUCCUGAGGAGAUGAAUUCCAAGCAUUUUGAUAUGAGAAGGCAUGCCAAAUAAAGACUGGUCAAAACAUAUACAUAGAACUUUGCACGCUACAUGGAAACCAUAAUAGCUAUGCUGAAACUCGAAGCAUAAAUGCCUGCCUCCCACAGCUCUCAGAGUGUGUUCGUUCUCCACACACACUCACACACACUCCUCGGCCCAAACACACUGAGGUUCUCUACUAUUGAACACAUUCAAAACAGACAUACUAACAGGAAUACUAAAAGUGCACCCUGAGUGCAUUUAUGUUUUUUUUAUGCAUUGUACAUAGGCCUAAUAAUUUCUCCUGAGAAAGAGAAGCACGAUGCAACAGUUGGUUUUUAGAGCCACCGUCUUCCAUAUUCUCAAAUCCAAAACUCUGCACUGUUUGGUCGUCAGUGGAUCAUGUACAAAAUUCUGUUUUGUAGAAAAAAAAGCUAAAUUAUUUUUAAAUAUAUUAUGAGCAUAUGUUUAGUGUAAAUAACGUCAAAGUCUAAAUCGAUUUUAUAUCCUGUAUUUUUUACUAUUAUUUUUUUUUUCUUUUGGGUGUUUGUUCCUUUUCGGGGUGGAGGCUUCAAGCAGCAGUAUAUACUUUAAACAUACUUCAUUUCAUAUCUCAUCAUUUGCUGUUAUCUAAGCACUAACAAAUCCUAACAAAUUUAGAAUCAACUCACCUUUUACCUGUUGUUUAUUCAUGUGCAUGAGAUCAUGAUCACAUUUUUGCGAGUAUUCAAACAAAAUCACAGUUGUCAAUGUUAUCUUUUUAUAGGAUUGGAUCUGUUUGUAUAAUCAACUUUUGUGAAAAGACGAUGUAAUGUUGGUUAUCACCAUAUGAUCACCAUAUUUUGCCAUCAGUGUGGACUAGUUUAUGCUCACUUUGGAUCACUUUACAUGUACAUGUACUUUUUGUUAGGAUUUGUGCUGUGCUUGUAAAAGACACCAACCAUGUAUUGCCCUUUGUGAUGAUACUACACCAACAAAGCUUUGUCCAUGUUCACUUAUUCAUGUCUUAUGGGAACCCUAAAUUAUUUUCCUCUACCUCAUGUGUAUAGCUUGUAGGUAUAAACAGAUCACAAAUGACUGGUAAGAAUGUAUUUAAGUUAUUUAACAUCUUUGUAUAACAAAGGCGAAAAAAAUCUGAAAUAAUAAAUGAAUUUUUAAAUUA